GUUAUAUUAAGACUCAUUCAUGGUAUGUGCUUUCAGAUGCUCUCAAGGCAAAAGCCGGCCAUUGGGCCUGGCUCAACUACACCUGCAAAAGAAAACAAGAAAAAGAAGAAGUUACCAAAACUAGAAGAUUUCCUGAGCUCAAGAGAUUAUACUGGGGCCAUUACUCUAUCAGAGUUCAACAGAAUAAGUGGAAAAGGAAAUGAAGAAACAGACCUGUGGAUAGCCUAUUGUGCAUUUCACUUGGGUGAUUACAAACGUGCCAUGGAGGAAUAUGAGAGAAUGACAAAGCAUGAUGGUUGCCAUCCAGAUGUAUGGAUCAAUCUGGCCUGUUGUUAUUUUUUCCUUGGGAUGUAUUCAGAAUCAGAUAAGGCUGCCCAAAGAGGUAAGACUACUUUUGAUUCUUAUGAUACAACUGCUUUCAAUUUCAUGCUAUCUUAUUCAAAUUAUGAUCAACUAUCAAGCUAACAAGUUAUAUGCUUU